AUGGGGUUACCAAAGAAAUCACAAGUGGAAACAGGGUUAGAAAAUUCAGAGAAAAACAAAAAAUGGCUCAUCAAUUUAAGAACACCGUUGAAUUUGAAGCCAAUAUACACAAUUCCUUUGAAGAAAAGUGAGCAAGAGGAAAGUGUCAUGGAGGAAGAGUGCUCAACAACACCAAAAGGGGAAGGAUCAAGAAUUCCAGCAACUUUGAUAUGUCCACCGGCUCCGAGGAAGCGAAAAUCGACUUUGAAAUGGAAUUAUCGCGGUAAAACAAGAGAAUUCUUCACUCCACCUGAGUUAGAAACCGUGUUCAUACGCAAUGUUGAAAGAACUAUAGCUAAUUGA